AUGGUGGAUGAAGCAGAAGAUGUACUCGUAAUCAUGAAGCAGCAGCAUGUAAUUCCACAGGUCAGCUGUUACAAUGCAUUAAUGAAUGGAUAUUGUCCUCAAGGGCGUAUGGAUGAAGCAAGGAAUGUUUUUGAUUCACUGGGUAGUAGCAAGAAUUGUGCUCCUGAUGUUAUUAGCUGUAACAUAUUAAUAAAUAUCUAUUGUAGAGAGAUGAAGGUGGACGACACUAUGGUUAUCUUCCAUGAGAUGCCUCGUAAAGGGAUCAAGCCUAAUGUGGCUGUGUAUAACACUAUACUGGAGGGUUUCUUUCGUGUGAGCAACUGGCGCGUAGCGCUUGAUAUUUUCUAUGAGAUGCAAGCUGUCGGACUAAAACCUAACUUCUAUACAUACUGUAAUAUGUUGGAUGGACUAUGUAGGAAUGGACAAGUCAAGAGGGCUUUAUCAUUGUUAGAAGCAUUAGAGCGCAAGGGACAACAUCGUCGUAAUGAAUACUAUCCCAUCGUCAUGGAUGGUUUGAUCAGAUCCAGUAAGCUCAAUGCGGCUCGGGCUAUUUUUGGAGAUAUGGUUUCGAAGGGAUUGGAAUGUAAUGUGGUGACCUACACUGUUUUGAUUAAAGGAUGUUGUAAAAACGGGCUAUUAGAGGAAGCUAAGGACCUUCUUUUCAAAAUGGGACAAUCAGGUCUGGCCACUUAUGAAUACAGCUUCCAUUUAAUCGACAAUGGUCGCCGGUUUUUCGCCAUGAGGUUUGGCAGAAAGGUGCCAAAACUCAACAGGCCCCCCGAAUAG